AUGUCAUCGCUUAGUUACAGUUCUCCAAGCCUCAAGAAAGGCCGCCGACCACUAAAAGCCUACUACCUCCCGGCAUCCACCUCAACGCAAUCCAUUCCAAUCGCUAAUAAAGAGAACAAGAGUAACGUUGGCCUACCAAAAACCUACUGGACAGACAGUGAGGAUGCUUUAUCGGUUACGAGUUCGUUCUCAGAGGACAGUUGUUCCUCCACCACCUCUAUGCCUCCUUACACUUGCAACUCAGCAUUGAAUCAGACACCAAGAUUGUCAAACAGCAAGUUACAACAGCACUUCCCCACCAUUGCAGGAGCCAAGCGGAAUAGUAGUCACAUGAAAUGUAAAGACUCCAACAGUUGUGCGAUCGCAUGCGCCUGUUGCUCCCCUUCGACACCUACUAAGCGUCCUCUUGUUGUCAUGGGGGCAGGGGGUCUAAUGGCUAUGCGUAGACAUCCAGUCGCCUACCGACCUUCACUGACUGUCCCCUUCACGCCUUCUUCUCAAUAUCUCGCACCCAUCUGUCCAGUUCCUAUGCUGCCACCACAUCUUGGCCGCUUAAGCUUGCCGGAGCAUGCGUCGCCGAUUUGUCGCUCCAUAGAAACGCAAACUUCGCCUCCUGAGGCAAAUAAAAUGGACGCCGGACGCAGUCGUUCAAGAAGGAGUUCUGGUGCGCUUCUCAACUCGAUUAAGCAGAAGAUUGAACAUAUUCGUCGCUCAAUGAGUUCAGAGAGAACAGGUUCUCGUGCUCUUUCUUCUAGUAAAUCCAGUCCAGCCCGUCUGAAGGGUCGAAAAGCUGACGUCUCUGGCGUCACUAAGUGCACUUUGCUUCAGCGAUUUGCGGAUGAAAGUCGACUCGUUCAAUUGAGGCGAAGAUCGACUUCCGAUCAGUUUGGAUUGUUUGUCAAAGUUGAUCCCAGAGGUUUGUACGUAAAUCGUCUGGGUAAUAUAGAGUUUACUGGCAACGGCGGCAAGUGUCUGCGUGCAGGAGAUCGCGUAGUGGAGGUACAAAAUAUCCCGGCUAAGGGCCUGGACACAGAUGCUGUGAGGAGUCUUCUUCAAGGAUGCCAUAUAGCACUUCUCAAAGUUAAAUCCACCUCCAGAUAA